AUGGCGUCCGUUUGCGUUUCAAGCUGCGUUAAAGACGCCAGGGCCCCCGUCGUCGUGAGAGCCACCUACGAGAACCUCUACAAAUGGCCGGAAUCCGACGCCGAGUUCAUCCGCUCGGUCACCUGUACCGUGCGCUCCGCCGCCGCCGCCGGCCACCCGAGGGUGGUGGACAGCAUCUCAUGCCGGCAGUUGUAUCUGAGAAGCUACACUUUCUCACGGGAAGAAGACGGCCGCAACCGUGCCGAGGAGGAGGAGGAGGAGGAAACCGCCAUGUGCUGCGGCAGAGCGCGGAAAGAGGCGGCGGGGAGAAAGAAGACGUCUGGAGACGGCGGCGGCGGCGGCGGAGGACAUGGCCGGAGAAAAAAGAAAUGUUUUAGGUUUCGACGGGCCAUGGCUUCCAUUUUCCGGAGAUUGCUGUCUUGCACUGCCCAGGUUGACGUGGUUGGUUGA